AUGGCUGACGUGGUCUGCUGCUCGGACUGUAAGAGGGCGACGGAGGUUGUGUUCGACCACGCAGCCUGUGACACCUUGUGCUCGGAGUGCGGACCGGUCGGAUUGCAGAAUCGCUGCUGCGACCCUGACCAAUCGCUCAUCUCGGGCUUCAAGACCAUGGCUACCAUGUGCGAUAGGUUGGGCUUGGUUGCAAGAAUUAAGGGCUGUGCCUGUGAAAUAUUAAAGAAGACAGAGCAAAUCUAUAACAAGCGAAGAAAUCAGGAUGCUAUUUUGGCUGCUUGCCUAUACAUUGCUUGUCGGCUAGAAGAUAGUCCACGGACCGCCAAGGAGAUCUGCUCUGUUGCCAAUGGAGCGACACGGAAGGAAAUUAGCCGUGCUAAAAGCUGUGUGCUACAAGAGUAUGGGAUGUAUCAUUCAGUGGAGAUGGGUACCAUCAAUGCUUCGUAUGCUCUGGCUCUUUCGCUCCAAUCUCGGUCUAAACAUGCAAGCAGUUAAAGCUGCCGGGGAAGCUUUUCGAAUAUCUAAAAUCCGAGAUGUUUGAAGUAGUGGGAACUGUUUGAAGCAGACAAUUUUCCUCUCCAUGGACAGGCUUCACAUUAUAACUGAGCUUUCAUAGGCUUCACAUUACAACUGAGCUUUCAUAGGUCAUUGUAGCAGUGGGGUUUGCAAUAAACUGGAAAAAAGCAGCAGAAUUUUCGGCGUUAGAUCUUCUUCUUUUACCAUUUAUCUUUCUGAGUUCUGGUAUGUAACAAAAAGAAUUAGAGAAAACAUUCUUUCUGGAGGCGGAGGAAAAGGGGGGUUUUCCGCCACCCCCGUGGGCCUCUUUCGUGGUUUUUUUGGGUAACC